GUUUUAAUAUGAGCAAUAUUGAUAGUUAUUUUCGAGAUUUUCUGGAUAAUGAAGAUGGUGAAAAGGAGCAGAAUGGUAAAUCUUUACAGGAUAUGAGAUCUGGUGUAAUAUUUCUAAUUGAUUGUACACCUACAAUGUUUGGAUUACAUGGUUCAUUCAAUAAUGAUACAAUGAAUGUUGUAUCAGUAGCAAGGAAUGGAUUCGAUUUAAGCUUAUUGUGUUGUCAAACAUAUCAACAAAAUAAAGCACUUCAUAGUCCUUUUGAUAUGAUUGGAUUGGUAUUAAUGCGUACUAAGGAAUCAUCAUGUGGCAUGCAAAACAUUAUGGUUCUUCAGCGUUUAGGCUUAGCUAGUUCUGCGCGUAUUCUAGAGAUUGAACAAUUGAGACAAUUAGAACCAGAUGAAUUGCAACAACGCUUUGGUACUAUUGUCGAUCAGCCUAAUAUAAACUUUCCUCUACAUGAAGCAUUAUGGGCAUGUCAAAGUCUUUUUGUCACUUGUUCAAAAACAAUCGGUAUUAAGCAUAUCUUCCUGUUAACAGAUGAUCCUGAUCCAGUAAAUAAAAGUUCUUAUCUUAAGAGAAGAGCAAUGACCAAAAUGGGAGAUUUGAAACAAUACGGAAUUGAACUUGAAGUGAUUCCAAUUAAACAACAAAAUAUGAAAUUUGAUUAUACAUUAUUUUAUGAUGAACUUUUAGAAGAUGAGACAACUUUUCCUGAUAUAAAUCCAUCACUUAGUCACCCGGAUCCAACUGAACGUCUCGAUGAACUAUUGAGUCGUGUCAAUUCGCCUGAAUUACGUCGAUCUCGUGUAGCUCGUUUACCAUUUCGUCUUGGACCGGGUAAAGAUUUUACUUUAGGCGUUUCAGUUUAUUGUUUAAUUCGUUCAACCCGUUUACCUUCUCCAAUUUGGCUUUCAUCUAAUGAUAAUAAACCUGUUGCAGUUCAAAGACGAUAUUAUAAAGUUAUAGAUCCAUAUGGAUCUUUUGAUCCAGUUAAAGAUAAACUACCACCUCAUGAUUUAGUUCGAGGUAUUAAACUUGAUGGUCGGUAUGUAUGCUUUGAUAAAGAUGAACUUACUGAAGCAGUGAGGAAUAUUGCUCCCGUUGGUAUCCAUUUAUUAGGUUUUACACAGAUGAAAUUUUUAAAACGCUUCUAUUACAUUCGUCCAGCACAUUUUAUUUAUCCUGAUGAAAAAUUGAUUCAUGGAAGUCGUUUAUGGUUUACAGCUUUAUUAAAUCGAUGCUUACAUCGUAAAUUAUUAGCUAUAGCUAUAUAUAUUCAAAGAAAAGGUCAAUUUCCUCGUCUUGUUGCACUUCUUCCUCAGGCGGAACAGAUGAAUGAUGAUAAACUGCAAACUAUGCCACCUGGAUUUCAUAUUAUAUUCUUACCGUAUGCAGAUGAUUUUCGUGACAUUGACAUUCCAAUUAGUGAAAUUGCCAAUGAAUCUCAAGUAGAUAUUGCUAAAGCAAUGAUUCGUAAGCUUAUGGUUCCAUUCACACCUGGACAAAUUGAAAAUCCACUAUUACAACGCUAUUAUGCCCUUCUUGAGGCAUUAGCACUUAAUCGGGAAUCUCAAUGUGAAGUUGUUGAUCAUACAUUACCGAAAAUUGAAGUUAUAAAAAGAAGAGCUGGUGAAGAAUUGAAGCUUUUAAACGUUGUUUCAAUUUGGAUAAUAUCAACCCAGUAAAGAAAUCUCGUUCUUUACAGUCUACUACAGCUGAUGAUAACAAUAAUAGUCAAGUUGUAAAGCUUUUUCUAUCAGAAGAUGAGUGUAGAACAGCUAUAAAACUUGGUCAUCUAAAUAAGUAUACAUUACCUGUUCUACGUGAAACAAUCAAAUCAUUCGGUUUAAAAUUAUCUAAUAAUAAUAAUACUGGGAGUAGUAUUAAGAAAUCAGACAUUAUACAACAAAUCAUUGAUCACUUUAAAUAAAUUAACAAAAACAACCAUUGAAAAUAUUUCUUUACUCUUGUCUAUAGGUUUUUACUAAAAAGAUUUUCUUGGAAAAAGUUACAAUAUAAACAAUCAGUCUUAUUAUCUCAUUUCUUUUUUAUAAUUCUAUCUCUUCUAACAGAAGGAUACAUUUAUGUGCUAUGAUUAUUUCUUCUAUGUAAAUCUUUGAUUAUUUAGUGUUUCUUUGCAUAAUAAAAAAAAGAAAAUAAUGAUGAUAUAAACUUCUCUUUUCCAAUAGAAUAUAAAUAUUUUUCGAUAGAUGAAAGAAAAACUAUCAACUGAUCAAUGUUUCAAUAGAAGAAAAUAUAGUCUGUGUAAAACUGAUAGUUGUAGAUGAUGAUUAACUAACUAACUUGAAGAUCGAUGAUGAUUUAUGUUGGAUACUUGAUUUCUAGUCGAUGGGUCACUGUCAUACAAUAGAUGUGGUUCAUUGUGUACUGUAUGAAUGUACUUAAGAUUGGUGAGAAGAUUUUGACUGUG